AUGGACCCUCCACGGACUGUCAUCAUCGGCAUCAGCGGGUGCUCAUCAAGUGGCAAAACCACGCUGGCGAGACUGCUUCGCGACAUCUUCCCCGAGACCUUUAUCCUCCACGAAGAUGAUUUCUACAAGCCCGAGUCAGAGCUCCCCAUCAAGCAUGGACUGGUCGACUGGGACUGUCCCGAGGCCAUCUCGAUCCCCGAUCUCGAAGCAGCGCUUGUUCACAUUCGCAAAACCGGUACCUUUCCGCCCAACCUCAACUCCCUAGAAGACCUCAACACCGUCGGUCCCUGCCCCGCCACCCCCGAGCAAAUCGCGUCCAACACCGCCCGCGUCCAAACCUGGCUCUCCCCCGGCCACCCAGGCUCCCUCAUCUUCAACUCCACCACCUCGACCCGGAAAACUCGCAUCUGCAUCCUCGACGGUUUCCUCCUCUACUCCCCUCCCCCAGCACCUUCAUCCGAAGCAACCCCAACCUCGUCCAAAGAGUCUCCCUUCCGCAACGUAAUGUCCCACCUCAACAUCAAACUCUUCCUCCUCGCCAGCAAAACCUCCGCCCUCCGCCGCCGCAAAGCACGAGACGGGUAUGUACACGUCGACGGGUUUUGGACUGAUCCCCCGGGGUAUGUGGAGAAGAUUGUGUGGCCGAAUUAUGUGGAGACGCAUGGGUGGUUGUUUGAGGGGGGGGAUGUGGAGGGGGGACGGGUGGAUGGGGAGGUGGUGAGGCGGGAGGGGAUUUGGGUGCCGGGGGUUAAUGGGGGGGUUGUUAAGCAGGACGGCGAGGGGGGAGGGGAUGGGAAGGAGGGGGAGGUGGCGUUUGGGGAGGUGUUGGGGUGGGCGGUGGGGGUUGUGAUGGAGGAGUUGGAGAGGGUUUGUUUGGGGGAGAAGGGGGAGUGA